AUGGAUGUUCCUCUAAAAGAGAAAAAAGAUUUGGUAAAAGAAUUAAAAGAAAAAAUGCAAAAAUUAAAUUUAUCUGGAAAAUAUUAUAAUAUAAUGGGAAGAAGUCAUUAUAUAAAUGGUGAAAAUAAUAAAAAUAAGGAUAGAAAUACAUUUCCUAGAAUGAGAUAUAUAUAUGCAUUUCCGGAAGAAAUUGCAGAAAAAUAUUUUGGAGUAAAUAACAAAAAAAAAGAAGUUUCUCAUUCUACAGAAGUAUUUCAAAAGGAAGAAAUAAAUUAUGAAUCAUAUAGAUUAAGAGAUAAUAACUUUUCAAAUAUCAAUAAAUAUCCUCUCUCCUGUCCUGAAAUAAAUGUAGAGACAGAAAAAUUAUCUCCAAGAACAAUUAAUCAUCCAAUAGGAGUUAAUCCUUGUUCACCAUUUUCAUCUAAUAGAUCAACAUACCUAACAUCAGAAAACUUGUUAUCAAGUAAUAAAGAAAUUUCAUCACAAUUAGUUAAAAAGAAAUCACCAUUGACAGAGGUUGCUGGAUCACCUUAUCUAAAGACUCUUGAAGAUUCCUUAUCAACACACUUUUCGGAUAUUAAUAAUUUGCGAUUGGAAGAAUUAAAAUCAAGAAAUAAUGUUUCAGAGAAUGACUGCUCACAACAUUUAUGGGAAAAGGUAUUAUGUUUUAGUGAUGGAAAUAAAAAAGCUAUUGUUAAAAUAGAAAAUCGUAUGAUGAUCAAUAUGAAUGAUAACGAUAUGUCAUUUUUGGAUAAUUCAACAAAACCUAUGAUAUUAAAAACAAUUUCUUAUUUGUAUGAAAAAAUUGAUAAAAAGAUUCCCUUAGAAUGGUUAGAUUUAUAUGUCAUUAAGACAUGGAAUUAUUCAAUUAUUCUUCCAAUAGAAAGAAAAUUUUAUAAUAUUAUUUCUGAUGAAAAUGAGGAAAAAGAAAAGUUGGAGGAAGAGUUAAAUGAAAAAUAUUGUAUUUAUGAAGAGAUAUUGAAUAGGAUAAUUUUAAAAAGUGACGAUUUAUUAGCAUUAAAAGCUUUUUUAAUAAUGAAAGGGGAAGCAUACAAAUUUCAUUGUAAUGUUGUUAAAGAUAAUUCUAUAAAAAAAUUAUUUAUAGAAAAAUCAAUAGCAUGUCAUAAAGAAUUACUUCAACUUUUGAUAACAGAUUUAAAUGAUGAUCUUGGAAAUGUAUGGAGAGGUUUAAGAUAUUCUAUGGGAUUAUUAAGAAAAUCAAAAAGUAAAGAUAAAGAAUUUAUAAAAUCUAUUCAAUUUUUAGUAAAUUAUUUUUUGGAAGAUAAAAUAUUUGGAAAAUUAUGUGUUUGUGAUCAAAAAAAAGUAUUAAAAUAUCAACAAUACCUUGCUAAUCUAGAAGAUUAA